AUGAGCAAUGCAACCGUCUUUGUGUCCGAGUUUGUACUGCACUGUGCAAUCAAUUCAGAAGAUCGAAGUUUUACAGUUGUCGCCCUGGCCAUCAUCUAUCUAGUGACCCUUUUUGGAAACCUUUUGGUCAUACUGGUAAUAAUCCUGGAUCCUCAUCUCCAAACUCCAAUGUUUUUUUUGAUUGGGACCCUGGCUGUUAUAGACUUGCUGAACAACACUAACCUCAUCCCUAAAAUGAUGGCUCUUCUUCUGUUUGACACGUCUCCUGUGCCGUAUGGUGCCUGCUUGGUUCAGAUGUUCCUGGUCUUUCAUCUUGAGAUAGUAGAAUCACUUCUCUUCACUCUUAUGGCGUGUGACCGCUAUAUCGCUGUGAUUUACCCGUUGAGAUACCCUCAGCUUGUUACGGGAAGAACUGUCUGGGCAGGCAUCUUACUAUCCAAUGUUAUCUCAGGCAUGGCAAUGACAGUGUACAUGGUAUUUGUCACUGAACUUUCCUUCUGUCACACUAAUGUCCUACCUUAUUGCUUCUGUGACUAUGCCACCAUGGUUCUAGUUUCUUGCACUGAGAAUCCUAAAUACUUAAGUCUUCUCUCAACCACGGCCUCGACAUUUGGCAUUGGACCUUUAACUAUAAUCUUCUUUUCCUACAGCAAGAUUGCCCAUGCGGCCCUUAAGAUUUCAUCAGCUGAAGGCAAGAAGAAGGUCUUAAAUGUUCUCGUCACACACCUCCUCGUGGUGUUACUGUUUUACUUGCCACUGAUGACUGCUUUCAUUUUACCUGGAAUUGGAGUAAAACUGUCAGCCGAAGCCUACAACACUUUGGUGAUGGUUGCGACUAUCGUCCCCCCGAUGAUCAAUCCCAUCAUAUACAGCUUCAGGAACAAGGAAAUAAAAAAUGGAAUUAAGAAAAUUUUCUUGAGGAAAAGAACAAUUCCGGAAAUCAACAACCGUAUGUGA